CUCAGUCCUAAGGACAGGUGAACGUUACCUGCAUGCUGCAACUUCCCCUGUAGAACUGCUGGUGGAAGCAGGUUUCUGUGCGUCAGUUAAAAGCCACAGAAGCUUUGUCUGAGCAGCCAUGUUGGAGAUCAAACUGUGGGCUUUCUGGAGGGCCGUUCUCGCCGAAUGUUUGGGAGUGAUCUUCUUUGUUUUCACUGGCCUCUCUGCAGCGAUAGGAAGCCACAAUAACUCCUUUCCUGACCAGGAGUUAAAAGUGGCUUUCGCCUUUGGUUUGGCUGCUGCCACGCUGACGCAGUGCACACGCCACGUGAGCGGCGCUCACCUGAACCCUGCCGUCACCUUGGGCCUGCUGGCCACCUGCCAGAUCAGUUUUCUCAGGGCCUUUUUCUACAUGCUAGCUCAGAUGUUGGGUGCUGUGGCUGGCAGUGCUAUUGUGUAUGGUGUCAGGCCAGCAAACACAGACUCCCUUGGUGUUAACAAGCUAAAUGGAAUCACCCCUGGUCAAGGCUUUGGCUUUGAAUUCCUGCUCAGCCUUCAGCUGGUCUUGUGUGUGCUAACGGUCUCUGACAAAAGGCGAAACGUUGGCCARUAUGCACCUCUGGCGUACGGGCUGUCUGUUGCGGCGGGACAUCUUGCUGGGAUCCGCUACACAGGAUGCGGUAUCAACCCAGCUCGAUCGUUUGGGCCAGCACUCAUUCUGCUGUCUUUCGAUGAUCAUUGGGUGUACUGGGCUGGACCGAUGAGUGCUGGUGUGGUGGCAGCGCUUCUCUAUAAUUACCUGCUGGCUCCCAGAGAGGAGCGUUUCAGUGAGCAGGCGAGGGCCUUGCUUUGCUGUGGCUGGGAAGAUGACGAAGAAGAAGAAGAAGGAACGACUACUGAGCCUCUUGUAGGAGAAGCAAAGGAUGCAGAAUGAUAGUGGCUGCUCUGGGGGUGAAAAAAGCACUGUAGAAUUUUUUUUUUUUGAGUUUUUGUUUUUCAAUAAAAAGUUGUAUAAUACUUCUAUGGAGCACUUUUUUGGGGUGCUCUAAGGACAAAAUGUGACUAUACUGAAGUACCUGCAAGUAUGUAGAAAUUAAAUCAACUUU